AUGCUCCAUCGCAGCCCUGGCGAGGCAGUAUCCGGACUUCACGUUCAGCUAUGGCGCUCAAGGGCAGGAGUCGCAGGAAGAGGCAGCGGAUCAGAGGCAGAGUAUCAACAGUUGAUUACUCAGGCCUUCCAACCACCGAACCAGUAUUUGCAACAGACUCCCCACCAGACGCCAUCGCAGCAGUCGCAAGGGUUUCAACAGCAUGCUAUGACAGCUGUACUUCCGUCGCAGAUGACGGCACCGGAACCGUCGUACAGUCUUGAGCAACCUGUCAUGCCGUCGCAGAUGACGAGGCACAUGUCUCACGUUUCGUCAUCACAUUACGGCAGCCCUUACGAAAGUCCGCAGGUCGUCAAUUACCAGCAAGUGCCACAGCCGUCGCGAAAGCGGAGUCGAGCAGAAGACUUCACAGCGGCCCCCUACGAGUACCCUGGUCUUCAGCAACUGCAGGCUCAUGCUACCGGACAGGCGCACCUCGAGCUCCCCACCGAGCAGCAACAACACCUCCAGUUUCAGCCGGACACUGUCAACUACCAGUACCAGUUUCCGCGUCACUCCGUGGAUCAUUCGCAAGGAGGACAGUCGCCAUACGUCGCGCCAACCCCACAGCCGCAGCAUCACCAUCACAGACUGCCGAACCAGCCACCUCCGUCAAAGUCGCAACGGACGGGUCAGGGCGAGGCAUCAUCCUCACAAGACCAUGGCCCACCGAGCGUGGUCGGACAAGCUGGUAUGCCGGCACCUGCUGCACGACCGAAGGGACCAAAGCUCAAGUUCACACCCGAGGACGACGCAUUACUUGUGGAACUCAAAGAGACCAAGGACCUGACCUGGAAGCAAAUCGCGGACUUUUUCCCAGGUCGCAGCUCAGGGACGUUGCAAGUGCGGUACUGCACGAAGCUCAAGGCGAAGACGACAGGUUGGACGGACGAAAUGUUACAAAAGCUACGAACGGCCAUGCAGGAAUACGAAGAUGACAGAUGGCGCAUCAUAUCUGGCAAAGUCGGGAGCGGGUUUUCAGCGGCGGCUUGCAAGGACAAGGCUGCGGAGAUCGGGACAGAACAUGAAGGGACUACAGCAUUAACGACAAUAGAGGAAACGGAGGAACAACAACAGGAAUCCAAGACAGAAUGA